CAGGCCCCGCCUUCCUCCUGUUGUUGUAGCGUGUGGUCGUGCCAGGAUAUUUUAAUACCUAAAGUGUCUCCUUUUGUUAUUCACGACCGUAAUGGCCGCAGAGCGUACAGAGGAAACAACCGCCUUGAGCGGUGAGAGCUACGUUCCACCCAGCGAGUCAAACGAAGCUAACGGUGAGAAAAAGAAAAAUGGCUCUACCGAACCGGAAACAGAACAAGCAGUCAGCGCAGCGGAGCCGAAAAUGGAAGAUGUGGACGCGGAGGCCGAUGAAAAGAAACCCACUGCGCCAGAGAAGGCCGCGAAGGAGGCGGGCAACGAGGACGCUGCUCCAACGGUCACCCAGGAGAUAAUGUCUGCUCACGAAGAGCCGGAGCGAAGACCGCAGUCACGGCCAAUUCUGGGAGACAGCAACAACUUACCGAACGGUGAAAUCACAAUGAAGGACCUUAAAGAGGAGCAGGACGACGAUAGCCGGUCUUCGGGAAUAGACUGUGAUAAGAGCACAUCUGCUAGUGAAGAUGGUGAGAAAAGCAGCGGCGGUGAUCUGGGGGACAAGAGGCGGUCAAGUCUGGAGGUAUCGUCCUCUGAUGGGGAACCGUUGAGCCGUUUGGACUCAGAGGACAGUGUCUGCAGUACCACCACAGAAAUGGAAAGCAUAGGAUCCAGUGGGCGUUCCACUCCUGCGCUGUUGAAUGGACAGAGCAGCACCAGGUCUUCUGCCACCAAGACAUUGGCUUACACUUGCUGCUGGGACCACUGUCCACAGUUCUUUAACUCCAGCCCUGAUCUGGCAGAGCAUAUCAGGGGAAUUCACGUGGACAGCCAGAGAGGAGGGGUAUUUGUAUGUCUCUGGAAGCGUUGCAAGGUGUAUAACACGCCGUCCACAAGUCAGAGUUGGCUGCAGAGACACAUGCUGACACACAGUGGAGAUAAGCCCUUCAAGUGUGUAGUUGGUGGUUGCAAUGCCAGCUUUGCUUCUCAAGGAGGGCUGGCCCGCCACGUCCCCAGUCACUUCAGCCAGCAGAGCUCUUCCAAAAUGUCUGGCCAGGCCAAACUGAAGGAGGACUCACCAUCUAAGGCAGGAAACAACAAGAGGAAGAAGCUCAAGAACAAACGCAGGUGGUCCCUACCAAGGCCCCAGGAUUUCUUUGAUGUCCAAACUAUGGACGCAUUGCGUCAAAGGGCCAUCUGUCUCAACCUCGCCACCCACAUUGAAAGCGGGGGCAACGGUCACAGCGUUGUCUUCCACAGUACGGUGCUAGCUAAAAGGAAGGAGGGGACCGGCAAGAUGAAAGUACUUUUACACUGGACACCUGAAGACAUUUUACCUGACGUGUGGGUGAACGAAACGGAGCGAUCUCAGCUGAAGACAAAAGUAGUGCACUUAUCCCAGUUACCACAGGAUACGGCCAUGCUGUUAGAUCCCAACAUCUAUAGAGCUCUUCCUCAGAAGCGACUGAAGCGCAGCUCGUUGGACCACGCCCGGAGUCUUCGUCACCUCUUCUGGAUGGCAACACAAAAGGCAGAGGCACGAGCAAGAAAAGGAGAAGAGCACAUGGAAGAGAUGAAGGCAGGGUAGUUGUGUGUGCAUGGCAAUGCAAGAUAAAUUUAUUCUGUCAUCCUCGGUCUUUUGAAAUUCAAAAAAGGCCCCUGAGAAUAAAACAGCUGUAGUUUCUGUCUUUAUCUUGGUAAUCAAAGGCAGUAUCUUUAGGUCAUAUGUGGUGUGUUUAAAGGUAAAUCUUCCUCCAUAAAUUCUUCAAUCAAUAUGAAGAUGAUGAGAGUCAUCAGGAUUUAGAUUUGGUAUUAAAGGCUUAUGCCUUUACAACCCACAGUUUGAUAGGAUUGUUGUUUCAGUGCAGUAUGGGGGUCAGGAGCUUUUACCAGGCUGCCGUGCACUGCUGAUCUCACCCUGAGAUUGGGACACGAGUGAAUGUGCAUAGGUUAGGACUGGGGUAAGUUGGUGUGUGCUCCUCUCAUGUAUCAGCCGGUGUGUGAAACUGAGAUAUGACAGGCCUAACUCUUGCACAAGUCAGGAUUUCCAGUCAUUUAGGUUUUGACCUGCCAAUGUUAAUUUUAAUUCAGAUUUCUCUGAAGAACUAUGAAAUAUGAGCAUACAGUGGGUUACAUAAGUAUUAAACAGGUCAACAUUUUACUCAGUUUCAAUAUUUCUAACAGGGACAUUGUCAUAAAAUUCAUAUCAGCUGUCGGCAACAACCCAAGUAAUCCACACAUUCAGAGCAAAUUAGUCCACAAAUUACGGUAUGUGUAAUGCUGUGAAAAUCGUACACGGAAUAAAUAUGCAACACAUGAAGAAAAUGAUGUGCAUAAACUCAUAAAGAGCCAAGAAACCAGAUAAAAUCUAUCAGCAUUUAGAAAGCAUUUAUGUUGGCAUGUCGAAAACAGCUUCUUUCUAAUUAACUAAUUGCCUAUGAGACCUUUAGAAUAAAAGUCUUACUGUUGUAAAGUAUCCUGUUGGCAAAGGUUACAGCUGCAUUUCUAAACGUCUGAUUAUUCCAGAGUGAAUGCAGUUGGAGCCAUAUUCCAGAAGAGGAGAGAACAUAAUUUCACCAUUAACCUUCCAGGCCAGAUGCCUCUCAUAAGAUUCCUGACAGAGGAGUCAAAAUAAUAACCGACUGUUGUCAGAGGAUUAUGGUGUACUUUUAAAAUGUUUACAGAUUUUUUUCUUUUUAAUAACAGAAUAUUUGGACCAAUUCAAAAUACUAAUGCAUCAGUGGGUUUGUGUUAUGUUUGCUUACACUCUUAGAUGAACAAUUUUAAUGCUAUUUUUGAGUUAUGAUUACAGAGAUGCACCUGAAUACAGUAACAACUACAAACAUGCCCAUGAAGACAUGUUCCCAUAACAAUGUUUGGAUUGUUGAUUAUUUAAUGUUUUAUUUUAUCUAUUUUUAUAAUAGAUUGCUGUUGAGUUGUCCCUGAAUCAUUUUCAAUCUGUUCUUCCUUUUAAUAGUAAGUCUACCAUUCUGAGACAACUA